UGGCUCAGCGUUCGGGGUCGGCGGCUUGCGCCGAGACCGCUCCCGGGCUUCGCGGAAAGAAGAAAUUACUCAAACUCUGAAGCAUAGAACCCAGUUUUACAGAGUUGUCUGCUGAGUUGUUCCAGUCCAGAUGGCUGUGGAAUCCAGAGCAGUUUCAACCCAGAUACCUCAGGAUCCUCAGGAACAAGGACUAAUAUUAGUGAAAGUAGAAGAUGGCCUCUCUUGGAGUCAGAAAUUUAAACCAAAUGGGAGUAUUCAGUCUUGCCAAGAGUUGUUUCGCCAACAAUUCAGAAAAUUUUGCUACCACGAGUCCCCUGGGCCCCGGGAGGCUCUGGCCAGACUCCAGGAGCUCUGCCGUCAAUGGCUGAUGCCAGAGGUGCACUCCAAGGAGCAGAUCCUAGAACUACUGGUGCUGGAGCAGUUCCUGAGCAUCCUGCCCGAAGAGCUACAGAUCUGGGUUGAGCAACAUAAUCCAAAAAGCAGCGAGGAAGCCGUGACCCUUUUGGAAGAUCUGGAGAGGGAGUUUGAUGAUCCAGGACAGCAGGUCUCAGCUAGUGCACAGGGACCAACAGUGCCAUGGAAGGAUUUGACAUGCCUUGGAGCAUCCCAGGAACCAACAAACAUUCAACUGCAGCCUUUAAAGAAACAGCUGAAAUCCUGGAAACCUUGCCUUUCCCCCAAGAGUGACUGUGAGAACGAGGCAGCAAGAGAAGAGGACGUUUCAAGAGAAAAACCACAUGGACUUCCUCUGGAACCUUCAUUUGAAGGAAUUAGUGAGCAUGAAAGCCGCUUAGAGUGGCAGCAUGAAAGUGCUUUAGGAGAAAAGUUAAGAAGACCCCCUUCCCAAGGAAGCAGUUUUAGUCAAAUGUUCUUCACACACAAAUCUCCAGGGAAGAGAGACUAUCAUGAUGACCCUCAAAGAUGUGUGAUUCUAAGUACAAACUCCAUGACAUGUCAGAAAGUUCCUAUAGAAGAGAGACCUCACAGAUGUGAUGUAUGUGGGCACAGCUUCAAGCAGCAUUCCUCUCUAACACAACAUCAGAGAAUCCAUACUGGAGAAAAACCUUAUAAAUGUAACCAGUGUGGGAAGGCCUUUAGUUUGAGGUCAUAUCUCAUUAUUCACCAGAGAAUUCAUAGUGGUGAGAAAGCAUAUGAAUGUAGUGAGUGUGGGAAAGCCUUCAAUCAGAGCUCAGCCCUCAUUAGACAUCGGAAAAUUCAUACUGGUGAGAAAGCUUGUAAGUGUAAUGAGUGUGGCAAAGCAUUCAGUCAAAGUUCAUAUCUCAUUAUACAUCAAAGAAUUCACACUGGUGAGAAACCCUAUGAGUGUAACGAGUGUGGGAAAACAUUUAGCCAGAGCUCAAAGCUUAUUAGACAUCAGCGCAUUCAUACAGGUGAGAGACCCUAUGAAUGUAAUGAGUGUGGAAAAGCUUUCAGGCAGAGCUCAGAGCUGAUUACCCAUCAGAGAAUACAUAGUGGAGAGAAGCCCUAUGAAUGUAAUGAAUGUGGAAAAGCCUUCAGUUUGAGCUCAAACCUCAUCAGACAUCAGAGAAUUCAUAGUGGAGAGGAACCCUAUCAAUGUAAUGAAUGCGGCAAAACCUUCAAAAGGAGCUCAGCCCUGGUUCAGCAUCAGAGAAUCCAUUCUGGGGAUGAAGCUUAUAUAUGUAAUGAAUGUGGAAAGGCUUUCAGGCACAGAUCAGUCCUGCUGCGCCAUCAGAGAGUCCACACUGUAAAGUAACUAGCAAAUACAGUGAAUAUUGUAAAUACUUCAUUCAGAUUUUUAUCAUUGUUAGUCAAAAGGGUUUACUUUGGAGUAAGAUUAUAAAGGCUGAAAAGUACUAGGUCUGGAGUCAGCCUAACAGCUUUGUGCGGCGCUUCCCAAUGCUAGUAUCAUUUGUCCCUUGAAAGCUUUUCCUGCGACUAAUCAGAAAGCCGGAGAAUAAUUCCUUCCAGCUUUGUUCUUACCAGUGGGAAUACUCAGGAAAUACAAAAAGUGGGAAUGUAACAUUGAAACCUCAUGUUCUGUGAGAAUGUCAUAAAAAGUGUAUAGCAACCCAGGCAGUGUCACUGCAGCUGACUGCCAGUGUUUCAGGUUUGAGGGCUGGUAUAGAUGGCACCAAGGGCUUUUUGUCUGAAGAUUUUAAAAAAUUUUACCAGCCCAAUUAAGAAUAGUAUGAAGACAGCAAGAAAGUUUGUGAAAUGGUUUCACCAAUGGCUUAUGUCCAGGGCAGGUCAGAAAUAAGAUAGGCAUGAGAAGAAAGGAUAUAAAUUUAUCCAAGUUAUUUAUUUAGUACCUGCUUUGUGUGGAACAAGGGAUGCAGUGGAAAACAGGACAUAAUUUCUAUAGUUAAUAGGCAAAGCAUAGGUCAGGUAGUGACACUGUGGUCUGGUCACAGCUGUGUGACUAUAAGCAGUCCCCCAACUCAUCCUCAGAAAAGGAAAUGGGGAAAUUACCUGAAAUAUGAAUAGGAGCCAGAGAGCUAUGCCAAGGAACAAUGAUCCCAGUAAAGAAAGCAACAAACAGCAGGAAGAAAGUAUAGAAUGUUUCUAUUCAGUGUCUUUUGAAGUGGCCUCAUGGUUAUAAGAGCACAGGUGUAGCCAGCCUUAAUUAGUGCCUACAGCAAAAUAAGAACCCAUGGAGAAAUCUAUUCAUAGACAAAUCCUACAGCGCUUAGACCACAAGACAUUGGAGGGCUUUGUCUUGAUCCAUGUGACCAAAGGGAAAGGGCUAAUAUGUGGUUUCAUUCUCCAGCACAUAAGCUAAGCUAGAGCUUGCAUGCGUGUAGUGGUGGGAGGGAGCCCAGCCUAGACUUGAAGUCUAGUCUGAUAGAUUGUUCUCUGUCUCCCAGAAAUGACAGUACAGAGCUACUAUCAAAUUCCUCUGAGUCCCCAAGGAUCUGAGUCAGAAGCUCCCAUAGCAUUUAUUUUCAGGGGCUGUAUCCUUACUGUUCCUGAUACACUCCUUUGGGUUCAGGUGCUCAAGAAAGUACUUGUCAGUUGCUGGGUCUGUGACUUCUGUCCAGGCACCUUGCACAUGUUUAGUUUUGCCUUUGUUAGCUGUAUUUCACAAUAUCAUUUGCAAACUUUAUUAAAGACAAUGCCAAAGGGAAAUGAUAGAAUAACAGUCAUGGUCAUCAAGACUUCCCCUCUUCUGAGGGACCCAGGAAGAACAGUAGGCUGGUAUGUGGUACACAAUGGAGUUUUACAAGUUACCCAGAAAGAUGUCAUUCAGAAGACCUAAUAGGUUAGAGGAAUAACACACCUUACCAAAAAAAAAUAUUUGUAAAAAUCUAGAAUCUUUUGCAUAGAAAAGGAAUUUCCAUGAGGGUAAAAAGUAGCAAAGAAAAGUAAUGCUCAUAUUGGGGCAUGCAUAGGUAGGCAUGUGCUAACCUUUGCAAAGCAGGAGGGCUAAAUGCCCAAGUUUGGGAGGAGACUGAAAAGAGGGUGAAGUCAUUUGGGAAAGAUGGUACAUGUGACAGUACAUGGUAAGAGCUUAUUUUCUUUCUUGUCCACAAAGAAUGAUCCAAACUGAAAAAGGUAGGAUGUUAGGAAUUGAUACAUUGCACAAGAGAAAUAUCCAUACAGAGAGCACUUACAUAUCAGUGAGAAAUGUAAUAGGUACUGGAUUGGGCCUUGUUGUAUGUAUUCCUUCUCAGUCAAGCCCAUAUUUUGCAAAUAAGGACAUGAAGGCUAAAGAUCAUAUAGCUAAUAAGUGACAGUGAGGUCAGGCUUUGAAACCAGGCAAUAGGAAUCCAGAACCUUCCUGUAGAGCCAUUUCUCUACACUGUCUCCCUGUGAGAAAUCCCAAUAGAAAAGCUAGUAUUUAGCAAGUCAUAAAAGGUUAAGUACCAAUAGACAGUAAGGUAGCUAAACCUCAUGUUAAAGCAAGACUUGAGUGAGCUGGUACUUCUUUUCUGUAUAAAACCAAUAAAGAUUCAGGGAAAUAGGAACUCAGUGCUGCUGGUGAUUAUGGGAGUCAGUAUGAUCUCUGGCAGUCAAUACCAGAAGCCUUAAGCAUUGCCAUUUGACUUUGAAAUCUACCUAGAAAUGUAUACUUCAGAAACCAUCAUGAAUGUACAGUCUUAAAAGCUGUUAAAACUGAUGUUAAUUAAUAUCAAAUGAAGUAGUCAUGGUAUAUUGCUAAAUACAUUAAAACACUGUAUAAUAUCACAUGUAAAUUAUAUACUUAUACAUUAAAAAUACU